CAAACGAAAGUAGCACAACGAACGGACGUGAUUCUUCGUUGUCAAUCGAUCUUCGCUAACUUAACACACUAGCGAGGAAUAGGAUUAGAUCAUUAGAGUAUCAAUUCAAUUUAGAAAUCUAGUAAUAAUAGAUCUAGUAGGUUAAGAUCUACAUUUUAUAAUACUGUUUUGUAGGCUAUUAUCAUUACACCCACACUGGUUUAAAAAAAUGGGUCCCGAUGGAAUGCUCUUUAUUUUCUCGUUGUUUGACGAAGGAGCUCUGCUAUUUUUAGCCGUUUAUUUUGUAAUAACUCUCUCUGACCUUGAAUGUGACUAUCUGAAUGCUCGAGUAUGCUGUGACAAGCUAAAUUAUUGGGUUCUGGUUGAGAUGGUUUGCCACAAUCUGUUGUCUCUAUUACUGUUGUGUUUAGGACACUGGAUUUUGUUCAUACUGUAUUGUCCUCUAGGAGCAUGGUUCACUUACAGGUAUUUAAGGAAGCCAUCAGGAAAUAUUGGAGUGUUUGACCCCACAGAGAUUCACAACCAAAAGCUUUUAAAGACUUACAUGAGGCAAAGUUUAGCGAGGCUAGGUUUUCAUCUAGUAUUUUUCUUUGUGUUCCUCUACUGGAUGAUCUACUCGCUAGUCAAAGGGUAUUAGGUCGAUUAAAGGCUUUAAGUAAUUCCUGUAAUUAAAAUGAACAAACAUUGACAACUUUGUUGACUGUAAGAGCCUCACCAGUUGACCCAUCCACUGAACAAGGAAUUAACAUUCACAGCUAUAACUGUUGUUCUUAAUAUGUACAUAUCAGGGUAUUUUUUUAUGUGUUUGUAUUGUAUUCAUAAACUUAUAAUAAUGUGUUCAAGCUUAUCCACUUAGCCAGUGUUUGUAUUACUCUACCCAGAUUGUCAAACAUUUUGAUAAUAGUAUUUAAUACAAUGCAGGCUAAUCUUUUAUAGAUUAAUUUACAUAAGAUACUAUUGCAAAUUAAAGUUUGGCUGUAUUAGGCAUUUGACUAUUGCAAAGCUUAUACUUUAUAAAAAUAUUUUGGAAGAAAUAAUUGGCUAUAAUUCAGUGGUUUUCAUGAAAAAGGCACUAUUACAAUACAAUAACAGAAAUUCAUCUACUAAUAUCACCAUCAUGGUUAGGAUAAGGAUUAGGGUUAGAGCAUUAAGGCCAUUGUUAGGAAGCAAUACAUAGCAAAAGAAAAUUCUAUAUUUUUGAUAGUAAUAUGAAGGUUUAACAAAUUUAUCAAUAUAGUUUUCAAAUUUGCAUGAAGUACUUAAUUUAUAUCAGUUGUGUUUGUUGUGAAUGUUAGAAUACAAUACAUAGAAAGAAAAGUGUUUCACUUUAUUAUCAGCUAUUUUUAACU